AUGAGGCCAUCAGCUAUUAAUCGUCUCAAAGUCCUUGUACCAGUCAAGCGGUGUGUCGAUUAUGCUGUCAAGAUCCGGGUGGUCAACAAUGCAGUGGAUACCAACGUAAAGCAUUCAAUGAAUCCGUUCGACGAAAUUGCUGUUGAAGAGGCCGUCAGGCUUCGGGAGAAGAUGGGCGAAAAGAUAGAAACUAUUACUGCUCUGACUAUUGGUCCGACCAAAAGUCAAGAAACCCUGCGUACAGCACUAGCUAUGGGUGCUGAUACCGGUAUUCAUGUGGAAAUACCCGAGUCAAGUUCACCAGAGCCACUUGGUAUCGCAAAAACAAUCGCAGCUUUGAUCAAACGCGACAAGCCGGAUAUUGUUAUUAUGGGUAAGCAGGCUAUUGAUGGAGACCAAGGCAUGACUGGGCAAAUGCUUGCCGGACUUCUUGAAUGGCCCCAGGGCACUCAAGCGAGUAAAGUGGUGAUCAGAGAUGGCGAAAAGGAGGUGGAUGUGACCAGAGAGAUUGACGGCGGUUCGGAAACUGUGCGACUUGCGCUGCCUACUAUUAUCACCACAGACUUGAGACUGAAUGAGCCUAGAUAUGCUUCUCUCCCCAAUAUCAUGAAGGCAAAGAAGAAAAAGAUCGAAAAGGUCACACCAGAAUCCCUGGGAGUUGAUCUCGCUCCAGUUCUCGAGACUGUCGGCGUAUCGGAGCCCCCUAAACGAGUGGGCGGCGGCAAGGUGGAAUCUGUGGAUGAACUUGUUGCCAAGUUGAAGGAAGCAGGCGUAGUUUAA